AUGGCCUCGGACGACCAUGCGCACCGCCGCAACCAGUCCGACAACAACGCCAUUCCCUUGCGUAACCUCACCCAGAAUGGCGCCGAUCGGACUGGUGGCCUCUCCAGGCACGACCCGCAUCAGAGAAGCCUUAGCGACAGGGCCAGAGAAAUGGUCGGCGCCGGCAGCAGAAGUCGUGACCCGCAAUACGCACCCAUAUAUAAUAGAGAGCGGGACGAGUCUCCAACUCCACGUCCACGGGGCGGUCAAAGAAACACUCCGACGAUAGCCUUCGUGACAACGCCGUCUGGCCAGCACGAGCGAAUACCAGACGAGGAUGACGAGGCUCCGAUGUCACCCGUUGCAGACAGAGGUGCAUUCCAGUCAGCCAUUGGAUUCGCGGGGCUCAGCUUCAACGCGCAGCACAGUUCUGCAGAAGACUCAGACGAAGAUUUCCCUGAGCAUCCCACGUCGAUUACAGGACGCUCCACGCCCAGAGCCACGACAAACAGUCUGCCUCCGUUGCUCACGAGUAGUAGCAUGGAUAGCAUGGUGCCUGUGCAAUUAGACGACGGUCCUGCGUUUCUGUCGCCAGGCGCUGCUGAUGAGGAGGAUACGAUUCCAUUGACUGAUUCGUCACGUUUACAACCGUCGAACACGGCGAAUACAAGUACUGGCCAGAAGCACGACAGACAACGAAGCCGGGCUGGAUCGGCUCUCAGUGGCUUGAGUGUCCGCUUCCAAGGAGCAACACGAUCUAGGAGUGGUUCGAGGCUUGGAGAUGAUCUAGCGAACAUCGAGCUGGGCUCCCACAGCUCUUCGGAGUUGAACAGGAGCCCGUCAAGCCGUAGGCCAUCUUCAUCGGCGAUGGGAGAUUCUCCAUUCACAAGAACGGGCACAAUGCUUCGCAAGAUGUCACAACGAGUGGUCAACCUCAGCAAUGAAUCUGAAGUAGUGGAAAGGACAACGCCACGCAAGUCAUCCAUAAUGCAACCAAGUAUCAACGACUCUUCGAUACCUGAGGCUGGACUAGAUGGAUCUGCGCCGCCAAAGUCACCUGCGAGCGAAAAAAGACCAUCAAUCACUGUACCGGAGCUACCUGAACUGCCAGUAAUUGAGCGCAACCCACUGAGAGGGAAGAGUCUUGGUAUCUUUUCACCAGAGAGCAAGAUUCGCAGAGCAUUGUUGGGAUUUCUGGUGCAUCCGCUGGUUGAGCCUCUCAUUCUGGUCCUCAUUGUUGUGCAAACAAUCAUCCUAGCCGUCGAUUCGGCGCCAAAUGUGAAUUCCGACCCGCGGCCUACAACCUGGGGCAACAGCUGGACGGACUAUCUACUUCUUGGCAUCUUCAUAGUCUACACCAUCGAAAUGGGCAUCAAAAUCGUAGUGUCCGGCUUCAUGUUCAAUCCAACAGAGUACAGCACCAUCGAUCGCAGCGUCGGCAUCCGGCAGGCUCUCAAGAAGAAGGCAGAUGCUCUUUUUGCAUUGCAUAGAAGGCCAUCGACACGGGGUCUCCGAAGCGAGAACCUCAGUCAUCACGCUCCAAUGCCGGCGCCCGAGUCACUUUUGCGCACUUUUACUACACAGACCUUCGAUGACAUACCUGGCGGGUCUCGGCAGGCGCAAAAGAAGCGGCUGGCCUACAGAGCAUUUUUGCGACACUCUUUCAAUCGCCUGGACUUUGUAGCAGUAGUGUCAUUCUGGAUCAGUUUCGCGCUCGGUGCUGCCGGAGCGGAAUCCAGAUACCAGAUGUACGUGUUCCGCAUGUUGAGCUGCCUCCGGAUUCUCAGGCUUCUCGGAAUUACCAGUGGCACAUCUGUCAUUCUUCGUAGUCUGAAGCGUGCUGCGCCGACCCUGCUUAACGUUGCAUUCCUGAUUGGGUUCUUCUGGCUCCUGUUCUCCAUUAUCGGCGUGCAAACUUUCAAGUCCAGCCUGCGAAGGACAUGUACAUUCUUGGACUCGGGUAACCUUUCGAACAACACGCAAAACCAGCCUCCCCCGGCAGGAAACUUCCAAUUCUGUGGAGGUUGGCUUGCAGACAACGGAACGGCAAUGCCUUGGUUGAAAGCGGACGGAACUUGGGGUAUCGAAGAGCAUAAGGGCUAUCUAUGCCCCCAAGGCUCGGUCUGCAUGGAGGGAGGAAACCCUUACAACAACACGCUCAGUUUCGACAACAUCCUGCAGUCUUCCGAGAUGGUAUUCGUGGUGAUGACAUCCAAUACCUUCUCAGACGUCAUGUACUAUCUCAUGGACUCCGACUAUCUGGCCGUAGCCCUAUACUUCGCCUUUGGGAUCAUCUUCCUGACAUUCUGGCUUAUCUCGCUGCUAAUAGCUGUCAUCACCUCUUCAUUCCAGGUCAUUCGGGAAGAAAGCCGAAGCAGCGCAUUCAUGGCACAAGAAGACCCAGCAGAAGACGAGGAAGAAUCUUCCGACCAGGAUGGUCCCAAAAGCCAACGUCAACCGGGCUCGACCAUCCAGCGCGCAUAUGAGAAAUCGUAUUGGGUAUGGAUUUCCGUUAUCGUCUUCGACCUGGUUGUGCAAAGUUUGCGAACGGAUACCAUGGGACCCUUUCGGCGGGACUUCAUUAGCGUCACCGAGGUGAUCGUGACUCUGACUCUGUUGUUCGAAAUCAUCUUCCGAUUUGUGUCUGACUGGAGAGAUUUCCGACACCAUCGCCGGAACUGGUUCGAUCUGUUCCUUGCGAUCAUGACAGCAAUCAUCCAAUUGCCUCCGAUCAAAAACUCCGGCGAUCCCUACGCGUGGCUCACUAUAUUCCAGAUUCUCAGGAUAUACCGAGUGGUUCUGGCUGUUCAAAUGACCCGAGAUCUGAUCAUGCUCGUUUUGAGGCACGUUUCUGGUGUCUUGAAUCUGAUUUUAUUCGUCUUCCUGCUCACUUUCCUGGCUGCUAUCUUUGCCGCUCAGCUUUUCCGUGGACAGCUUCCAAAUCUCGAUGGCCAAGGCAAUUACGUGCAAGUGACCUUCGCCACCAUCUUCAACUCGUUUCUGGGCAUGUAUCAGAUCCUUUCGUCGGAGAACUGGACCGAGGUUCUGUUCAACGUGACUCGCUUUGACCACCAAUACGGGACAGCUUGGAUUGGCGCCAUGUUCUUUAUCAUCUGGUUUACCUUGGCCAACUUCGUCGUGCUGAAUAUGUUUAUUGCUGUCAUUCAAGAGAACUUCGAUGUUUCGGAAGAUCAGAAGCGAAUGCAGCAGGUCAGGAUGUUUCUCCAGCGAAAAGAACUUGACAGCAACAAUGCUGGCGGAACACUGUCAUUGUCUUCUAUCUUCAAAUUCGGGAUGACGAAACGGCAGGAUCCUUUGGACUAUGGCUCGGCUGCUACUGAAAUGCUGCUGAAAGAUGCAGUAGUCCGCGACUUCUUAGACGAAGAAGUAGAGGAAGAUGCAGGGUUGAAACGUACGGGCACUGCUGGGCUGAACUCGGCAUCCACCCUCAAAGUGCUCUCACAGCCCGCCGGUUGGGCACAGCGAAUCAAGGAGAAGCUGACCAAACGUCUAUUCAACCGCGAACCGAAUCCAUUUUACGCGAAGCUAGAGCUUACAAAACCCUACGAAGAACUCGACCCAAGAAGUCUGGCGCAAGAAGUUGUCAACGCGGCUGAGCAACGUAAGAUAUCGCAGCGCACGUACUUAAAAUUGCACCCGAAAUACAACGUGUCGCUCUUCAUGUUCAAGCCCGGCAACCGGAUACGCAAAUUGUGCAUGCGCAUCGUAGGCCCAGGACGGGGCACAAGAAUUGAGGGCGUACAGCCCAAUCCCACGAUCUGGUAUACCUUUUCUGCUUUCAUCUACGCCGCUAUUGUGGGAAUGGUGUUACUUGCUUGCGUUACGACACCACUUUUCCAGCUGGAAUACUUUCGAAAGAACGCUAGCGUUAGCGACCGAUUCAACUGGUUCGUCUACACUGACAUUGGGUUUGCUGGGCUUUUCACGGUUGAGGCUGUCAUCAAAGUCAUAGCUGACGGCUUCUUCUGGACACCCAACGCGUACUUCCGCAGCUCCUGGGGCUUCAUAGACGGGAUCGUGCUCAUCACGCUUUGGGUCAACGUCUUCACAUCGCUGUAUGAUCCGGGAAGUGGAUCGCGUGCAGUCGGUGCAUUCAAAGCUCUCAGAGCUUUGCGACUCCUGAACGUCAGCGACAGCGCCAGAGACACCUUCCACUCGAUCAUCAUCCUAGGAGGCUGGAAGGUCCUCAGUGCGGCCUUUGUGUCGCUGAGUUUGCUGAUCCCGUUCGCCAUCUAUGGAUUGAACCUUUUCGCCGGCAAGAUGGCAUGGUGCAACGACUGGCAGCAAUACGACGUUCACAACCUGACUGACUGUGUCGGCGAGUCUGUAUUCUCGCCCAUCGGGUAUAACAUGCUGGCACCACGUCGCGUUGCGCCUGUCGACUACUCAUUUGACUUCGACUCGUUUGGAGAUGCGCUCUUCAUUCUCUUCCAAGUCGUCUCGCAAGAGGGCUGGGUUGAUCUCAUGUGGAGUGGGCAAUCCAUUACGGGCGUUUUUACUCAACCAGCCUGGUUCUCGCAGCAAGGCAAUGCGGUCUUCUUCGUGGUUUUCAACUUGCUUGGCGCAGUCUUCGUGCUUACACUUUUCGUGUCCGUGUUCAUGCGCAACUACACAGAGCAGACCGGAGUUGCCUUUUUGACAUCAGAGCAGCGCUCGUGGUUGGAGCUGCGGAAGUUGCUACGACAAGUGGCGCCUUCGAAACGACCGAAUCGGCAAAAGCAGCGGCAAAGCUGGCAGGAGUGGUGUUACCGUCGAGCUGUCACCAAGAAUGGCCGCUGGCAACGGACUAUCACCGGGAUCCUAAUCGCGCAUUUGGUCCUCCUGUGCUUGGAGUGGUAUCCAGAACCUGAGGCUUGGGAGCUCACCAGAAUGUUUGUCUUCUUCAUUUUCGCGCUGUUCUACAUGGCCAACAUCAUCAUUCGCCUGGUGGGUCUGUCCUGGACUCGAUUCCGCAGGAGUGCCUGGGACGUCUACUCCAUGAUUGUCGUUGGUGCUACUUUUGUCACAUCCAUCAUGGUGUUUUGGAACAUUACCAACGGCGCAUACACCCAGACGCAUAAGCUGCUUUUGGUGGCGGUCGCGCUGCUGCUCAUUCCUCGAAACAAUCACCUCGAUCAGCUGUUCAAGACAGCCGCCGCGAGUUUUAGUCCCAUCGCAAACCUGCUGGCCACCUGGUUCGUGCUGUUCUUGGUGUACGCCAUUGCAUUCACCCAGACCUUUGGUCUGACACGCUUUGGCGCCAACGAGACAGACAACGUCAACUUCCGCACGGUACCCAAAGCCCUCAUUCUCCUUUUCCGACUCAGUGUGGGCGAGCAGUGGAAUCAAAUAAUGAUGGACUUUGCCAAUAUCGAGCCCCCCUACUGCACGUUGUCGGAAAAGUACUACGAGGGCGACUGCGGAAGCAAGCAAUGGGCGUAUGCACUUUUCGUCUCCUGGAACAUCAUCAGCAUGUACAUCUUCGUCAACCUGUUCAUCUCAUUGAUCUACGAGAGUUUCUCGUACGUCUAUCAGAAAAGCAGCGGCCUUUCCAUCAUCAGCAGGGAGGAGAUUCGACGAUUCAAGCAGGGUUGGGCAGAGUACGACCCCGACGGGACUGGAUAUAUUUCCAAGGAAGUUUUCCCGAGAUUCCUGGGCGAGCUCUCCGGUAUCUUUGAGAUGCGCAUAUACGACGGCGACUUCACGAUCAGCGCGCUUCUUGAGGACUGUCGCAUUGGCCCACGGAGAGCGUCGCAAUUACACGUGGAUGGAGAAUCCUCAAGUAAGGGUGAGAUUGACAUUGCGAAACUGAACCGGCGACUGGCAGAGCUCCCGAUUGAGCAGAUUCGAAAGCGCAGGCAACGAAUGAACACGUUCUAUGAAGAAGUACUGGUGUCUGCGGACCCUGAUCGAGGCAUUGCCUUUAACGCACUGCUGAUGAUUCUGGCGCACUACAAAGUAAUCAGUGACAACAAAGCCUUGAAACUGGAGGAGUUCUUGAGGCGGAGGGCCCGGCUGCAGCGUGUAGAGGAAGCGGUCAACCGCAACAUUGUUGUGGGCUUCUUCGACACGCUAUAUUGGUCACGGAGAUUCCGCAGACGACUGGAUGCGAAGAAGGACGCUCGGAUGACUGCGAUUCCUACUUUUGGCGUUCCGGAGAUCCUGGUGCAAGAUGAAGGUGGGGAUGAUGUGACGCAGGCGAAGAAGUUUGACGUUCCUUCCGUCAGUGUGACUCCCGUCGACUACGAUGCGAUGGACACUGCGGAGUCGUUGGGUGUAGGACGAGCGCCAGCCAGCGGGGCGGAGGUCGAUGACGGCUCACCAUCGGUGUCAGGCAUAAGGAACCGGAGCAGCUCGAUCCAACUCUCGCCGGUGGCGUCUCCGACGAGAGAAGAGUUCAAUCUCUCUCCUCACCAUCGGCCGUCACCCUCGAGCAGCAGCAUUCAACCGGACUGGCACUUCGCGGCGGCGAUGGAAGGGGCCAGCAGAGUCUCACCUCCGGGCAGUCCGAGACUGAGCGACACGGAUGCUGAAGCAGCGCGCAGCCGAGCCAAUAGCGCGGUAAGCCAACACGAGAUGAUGGGCAUGUUCCAAGACUCGGCGUGGGGGCAGAGUAUGAGUCGAAGCUUCACACAGAAGCGACCGAGCGACCGCAGGCCGUCGUAA